UGUGACAGAAUCCAUGCAUGCUUCUAUGCGAGUCAUGGACAUAACCCAUCCAGGAUGGUCUGACUGUACUUAAACAGGCCAGCCUGUCAUUUCCACCUGGCCCUAGCUCUGGAACAGUUAUUAGGAUAGCAUUAGGCCCACAAGCCUGUGGUGAUCCCAUCCACUCUUUAGUACGAAUAAGACACUCUUUUCUGCUCACUCAUAUAUGCAUAUUCCGCUGGCCACCCUGACUAACCGUCACUCACCUACCUGGCCUCCAGUUGGUAGCCUGUUGAGGGAGCUUUCUUGGUAUCCAUCAAGAAAAGGCCACGAACCGUAGGUUCGCAGGCUAAUGCAUUCUUGGCGUCACAGAUUCUUGCCACGAGGAACUCGUCUUUGUCUCGUGUGUUUCUAGAAUUUGUAAUUCAUGUUGGCAGUAAAGGGGACUCACCAAGGUUAUAUGCAGCCGCACAUUUAGCCUCAAGCUUUCUCCCAUGCAACAUGAUGGGUCUAUUUCGAGCUGAACCGACUGGAGCUACGAUGGCCAUGGUGCCUGGCGUUGAACGACCGUCAGCUGUCGCCCGAAACUUAUUCAUUGUCCAAGGGCACCACCGAUGAUCCGAACUCUCCAUGAAGGCCGUUGCGCAUCGGUCGGUGACGAUGGAGAUACAGCCCCAGGAGGCGAGAAGCUAAGGCCACCAUCACCGAUCCAGUCAGAAGCCGGAGUGGUCGCCUUACCGCCUUUGGUCACAGCUACAGGAGGUGUUGAUGCAGUGAAGCUCACGGUCGGGAGAGCCUCAUCAAGAUGGCGGUGGCCUGCAGAGACGCCCUGCUGCAGUAUUCGAAAGCUUGCGUGCUGGGGACGCACGGCACACGGUCCGCCGGGUCGGUUUAGCAAGUGGAGACCCUGCGGCGGCCCGCGGGCAUCGGGGCGCAGCAACGUCCGCCUCUGCAGACUGCCACUUACACGACGUCGAUGUUCAUAGGACACACCUCGCAGCAGCAACAGCGCCGGUAUGCCUACUGCCUUGCCAAAUAUCAUGCGUCUUCGAAACACGUCUUAAGCAUAGCAUCUAUCCGGCCUGCGUCCCCGACUGCCCAAGCACACUGCAGGUCACCGUUCAUCCGAUGGGCGCUGGCGAAUGACGGCUGCGUCCGGGAGCUGUUCUUGGGAGCCUCCCCGAACAUAGCUCCUGAUCUUCGGCAUUUCGUUUGCAACCACGAAGGCGGGGCCACCAGUUUCAUGGUUCCUGCAGCUAAUCUGUCAUCAUGUCGCCGAGACCUUGUCCUUGUUGCGUCGGGACCUUGCCUUCCCUUCUUGCACAGGGCUGCCCGCACGGGUCAGGGGUUCCCCGGAUACAGAAGUCUAUUCCAUUUGCUGCCAUCGUUUCACCGCAGUUGAACUACGCGUUGCUGUCAAGCUGUCAAGCUGUCAAUGGCGGGCAGACUCUGCCUACCAGAGCCCCAUAGCCUCCCGGCCGAGAUUCAAGGACACACAUGCCAGCACAGACCCUGCUGGCCUGUUCUUUAAGAAUUCUUGCGUCGGGGACGCAAUGACCAGAGUUGCGAGGCUCGUUCUCCGACUGGAAUAGACAGGCCGCUAGCGUGCCGCUGCGAGCUGGAAGACAAUUACCAUGCUGCCCUGUAGAGAUGUGUUUCACGGUCUUACGCUCGAGGUGCAGACGGGAACUAACGACGCCGCAUUCACUCCACGUUGGUCAUGAUCACGAUUCCAAGCUUGGGUGCCCAU